AUCUAAGGCCUGAAAGGUUAAUUCCGUCAUUUCCUUAUAUCUUCCUGUAAAUCUUACUCUAUUCAUUUCUUUUCGUUCUCCCCUUACUACUGCCAAAAUCCCCUCACAUCUCUCUUCCUCCUAUCCUCGCCGGCGUUGCCGUUUUCCUCCUCCACAGAUCACCCGUAAAUCUACCCUUCGCCGGCGUCAACAUUUCAAAAUGACGAAAUUACCCCUUCUCCUCCCGCUUCUCCUCCUUUGUCUCGUCUCAUUUACCACCGGCGAGAUAAAAAACCUCAAAAUCUCCUCCGAUCCACGUGCUAUGAUCCUCUUCGAGCGGUUCGGGUUCACACAUACGGGUCAAGCCGCAAUCUCAGUCUCUUCCGUCUCCGUUAUCUCCACCUUAGCCACGCCCGACCCGUCGCGUCUCGGGUUCUUCCUCUUAUCAGAAGAAUCCUUAAUUCAAGUCCUCCUUGAGCUCCAACAAAACCCUAAUUUCUGCGUUCUCGAUUCCAAAUUCAUCAAUCACCUCUUCACUUUCCGCGAUCUCUCGCCUCCACCAAAUUCCUCAUUCAACCGAUCUUACCCCGUUACUUCCCCCAAUGAAUAUUCCCUCUUUUUUGCCAAUUGUGCCCCUGAAUCAAAAGUAUCAAUGGACGUCCGUACAGAAUUGUAUAACCUCGAUAAUCAAGUGAAAGAUUAUCUUUCGGCUGGGCUAACUCAGCUUCCCACGUUGUACUUUCUAUUUUCGUUUGUUUAUUUUGGAUUUUUAGGGUUAUGGUUGUAUGUGUGUUUCAAUAAUAAGAAAUCUGUGCAUCGGAUUCAUAUGCUUAUGGCUGCUUUAGUUGUAAUGAAGGCUUUGAACUUGGUUUUCGCGGCGGAGGAUAAGCAUUAUGUUAAGGUUACUGGAACUGCACAUGGUUGGGACGUGUUGUUUUACAUUUUUCAAUCGAUUCGUGUUGUUCUGUUGUUCACUGUGAUCGUUUUGAUUGGUACUGGGUGGUCGUUUUUGAAGCCGUUUUUGCAAGAGAGGGAGAAGAAGGUGUUGAUGAUUGUGAUCCCUCUUCAGGUUUUGGCCAAUGUGGCUUCGAUUGUGAUUGGGGAAACGGGUCCGUUUAUUAGGGAUUGGGUUACUUGGAAUCAGGUGUUUUUGAUUGUCGAUAUUGUUUGUUGUUGUGCUAUUAUCUUCCCUAUUGUUUGGUCAAUUAGGUCGUUGAGGGAGACUUCGAAAACUGAUGGAAAGGCUGCUAAGAAUUUGGCGAAAUUGACUUUGUUUAGGCAGUUUUACAUUGUAGUGAUAGGAUACUUGUACUUCACGAGAAUUGUUGUGUUUGCGUUGAGGACGAUUGCGGCUUAUAAGUACCAAUGGGUGGCAAAUGCUGCCGAGGAGAUAGCCAGUCUGGCGUUCUACAUGGUGAUGUUUUACAUGUUUAGGCCAGUGGAGAAGAAUGAGUACUUUGUUCUUGAUGACGAGGAAGAAGAGGCUGCAGAGUUGGCUCUUCGGGAUGAGGAGUUUGAGUUGUGAAGUUGAGAUCUCGUGGAAGGUCUCCUUCUGUCAUUUUAUACGGUUUGCAGCCUAACACUGUGAGUUCACUGAAGUUAUAGUUAGGUUUGCUGGGAUGAUAUAUCAUUUACUGUUUUUUACUUUUUCACUGUUAUUAAACAAUAUUUUGGGUUAUUGUAGUAGCACUGGUAUCAUGGAACAGUUGUUUCAUUUUUGGAUAUUGUAAGUUCUUUCGAUGAAAUUACCAUGUAAACCUCAUUUUCAUGAUACAGUGGUUUAUCAUGGUUUCCUCCU